AGGGCCGGCGGGCUGAGACCAAGCCGCGCCUCCUAUUGGUCAGUUCAUUUUACACCGCCCGCCUUAUCAGUUCAAGAUGGCAGCCACGCGCGGUCUGUGGUGGUCGCGGCAGUUAUUGUGGAGGUGGUGGCAGGCCUGUGGACCGCCACAAAUUUCGUCAUCGGAUCCGGGCCUGGGCACGAGGACUUAUACCCGGAGCGACGGCCCAUAUUCGCGCACCGCGCUCUAUGAGCUUCUCGGCGUCCCUCCCACAGCUACACAGGCGCAAAUCAAGGCGGCCUAUUACCGGCAGAGCUUCCUCUACCACCCGGACCGCAACGCGGGCAGUGCCGAGGCUGCCGAGCGCUUCACGCGCAUCUCCCAGGCCUACGUGGUGCUGGGCAGUGCCACUCUCCGGCGCAAGUAUGACCGCGGCCUGCUCAGCGACGAGGACCUGCGCGGACCCGGCGUCCGGCCCUCCAAGGCUUCCGCAGCCGACCCUGGCUCUCCCCGCACCCCGCCAACAGCUUCUCGGGCCUACGACAGUGGUCGGGCCGCCCCCGGCGCCAACCGCCCGAUGUUCAACUUUGAUGCCUUUUACCAGGCGCACUACGGAGAACAGCUAGAGCGCGAACGGCGCCUAAGGGCCCGACGGGAGGCCCUUCGCAAGCAGCAGGAAGACCGAGCCAACAAGGGCUUCCGCUGGGACGAGGUGCGAGACACGGUUUUCAUUUUCCUUUUCCUCGGAGUUUUCAUCAUCAUCGGCUUUCGCGUUUAAUGAGAGAGAGGAGGGAAGGGGAGCUGCCCCCAGCCAUCCCCAAGAAAACGGCUUUUUCUGUCUUCUGAACCCGUGGUUUUCCGUAGUCUACCUCUGCUGGGGUCCGAAGGAACUGAAGCCCCCCUGCCCUCCGCCACCCUCCUCGCUUAGCAGGUGGUGUAACCUGCACAUCAUACUGAAUGUGCCAGAAAAGGAGACUAUUGUGCCCAAGAAAGAGGCCCGAAGAAAGAGUCCCGAAAGCCCAGGAGUGAAGGGUUUUCUGGAGUCUCUGGGUACCCGCUUCCAGAAGUUGCCUUCCUGAUGUUGUCAACUUCUGGAACACUUGCUCUAGCUAUAUUGUAAAGCCCCGAGGGAGAUUUAUCUGCUCCAGCCGCACGUUUAUGUCUCGGGGCUCCUCUUUAACCUUGAAACGGGCAAUGUGACCAACUGUUGGCUGCCAAAAGAAAUUUUCUGGGGUUGUCCAAAACUAUAUUUCUGUGAGUUCCCCAAGCCCUCCAUGAGACCUGACCCAGGGUAAGAAUGUAAUCUGUGGAAAGCUUGCCAUUUCCCUGUAGUCAAGUCCACACUCUCCCUUCUGUCUGUGGCAUGUGGAAAUGGAAAACAAGGUCAUCAAGCAUAAGGAAUGAGUGUUCCCAUGCCCAUAUUUGAUGUAUGACCUUGGUGAAUUUACACUGGGCAUGGCAGCAGAAGAGUAAAUCGUUUGCUCUCUU